AUGAGGCGAGCUGAUGAGGAAAGGUGGCAAAAGAUGAUGAACAACGACAACAACGGCUCCUCGGUAUCAUCGUUGAGUGAUGUCUAUAUAGGAACAGCUGGUUACUCUUAUGCUCAUUGGCGCCAAGGCGUGUUUUAUCCUGGCCAUACAACGCAGAACCAAGAACUACGGCACUACAGUGGAAUCUUUCCCACGGUGGAGAUCAACGCCAGUUUUCACGGAGUGCCAAGAUUGGAAACCCUGCAGUCUUGGGCCCAAAAGUCCAAAGACGGCUUUGUCUUUUCCUUCAAGGUCCCACAGGCUGUUACCCACGAGAGUCGCCUGGAAAAUAUUCAAGAAGCCUUGACCUUUUUUCUACAACGCCUCCAAGAGGGCAUCAUGCCAAACGAAAAAGUGGGCCCCAUUUUAUUUCAACUUCCUCCCAGUCUUCCCAAGAAUAUCGAUCGAUUGAAUGAAAUUGCCGCUCUGGUUGCUCCACAUAACAAUAACAAUCUUCGAGUCGCCUUUGAGUUUCGUCACGCCAGUUGGUACAACGAUCCAGACGUAAAUGCCGUCAUGAAACGACACAAUUUUGCCAUGUGCCAAAACAUUUCCCCCGAUAAUUCGACACUCCGUGGCGAGUCCACCACAGCGUCAUGGCAUUACAUGCGCUGUCACAAACGCGCCGAUCGGCUGGUCACGCAGUACACCGAUGAACAGUUGGACUCGUUGGCCGAGGAAAUGGUGGCACGUCGAAAACGAGGCCUGGUCCAAUACUGCUACUUUCUGAAUGAUCACGAAGGAAAUGGUCCUCGCAAUGCCAAGACACUCAUGCGGUUCAUUCAACAGCGAACCAACAACAAUAAGUCAGCACUGGUACACAACUGGAAACCGGAUCCGACGGAAACCUCCAUCACGUCGCUAUUUGCCAAACAACAACAAACCAAUGACAAUGACAAUCAGAGUGCGCCCACAAAGGCCAUCAUCUCCAGCCCUACUAGUAGUAGCAAACGAAAGACCAGAGAAACUCCCAAAUCAAAAGCCACCACAAAGACUCUGCACUCCUUCUUUUCUCCGGCCGAUACUUCCCAGCAACCACCAAUGAAAGCCACACCGUCCAAACGCCCCAAACUUGUAGCCAACAACAACGCCAUGAAGAAAAAGGGACAAAUCACCGACUUUUUCGCCAAGAAGUAG